CGGAGGACCUCGCGAGGAGGUAAACAAGCAAUGCUGGGUUAAUUAACGAUCAUCCAUCGAUUUUAGCGCAAUUAAGUUUGCGUGUGAUCGCGAUGGCAGAAGAUAAUGAGCUGGAAAAGCGUGCAGUGGAGGAGCUCCUCAGGGAGACUGACAGAGCCCGCGUGAGAGCAGAGACCAUGGGCCCUGCAGGAUGGUUGAAAUGUCCUCUGCGAAGCACCAACAAACGCUUCCUCCUCAACACGCUGCGCUCCACCGGCCUGCAGCGCCGCACUGGCGAGCCCGGAGCCGGACACUCCACCGCAAGGGGGCGCCUGAGGAGCGAUUCCCCAGACAGAGGCCGCAGCAGGACACCUCCCAGAGAUCACAAGAGUAAUGGAGGCCACAUUGAUCAUAAACAUCAUCACAGGGACGGCCGCAGAAACAGAGAUAAGAAGCUGGAUAGAGACAAAGACAGACGCCACAGAGGCGACAGAGAACGGAGACACACUGAUAGACCGAGCCGAGACAAAGACGCGCACACACACACAAACUCCACGAGUUAAAAUAGCCCAACUCUGUGUGUGUGUGUGUGUGUGUGUGCGUGGACUUAAACCUGAGAGGAUCUGCUGACUUUGCUCAGAAUGAGCUACACGAAACUUUAAGUUUUUGUUACACCGGAUUGUAAAGGUGGACAAUUGUCUCUCAUGAUGGGUU